AUGGGCGACCAUUAUUGCUCCCUCGGCCUGUUCUUCCUCACGCACUUGUUCAGCGACGAUGAACAAGAGCAGGAUGAACGAGCGGCUCAACCGACCCGGCGCAACAAGAGAGACCACAGCGAGCCCGCAAGCCAGUCGCUGAUGGGUGGGGCCUCGCCCCCAGUGCGCCUCCUCCCGCCGCAGGACGGGAGGAUGAAGCACUCUGACACGUGGGCCAGAACUACCGCCGGUAUAAAACCCGGCAUCGCCCCUUCCUCUCGCCUUGCCCCUGCUCACAACCCCGACCCCGAGGAUCCGCGUUUCGAUUGCCCCCAUUGUCGAUCGACGUCGACCUCGAGCACGAGCACAGGGAGAUGGCCGCAGUCGAGCGUGGUCCUCGAGCAGGGCGUGGCGGCCCUGGCCGCGCCCAGGGGCAUUAGAGGGGCCCUGCUGCUGCCGUCGUGGUGGCAGCUCCUGUCCCAGUACCAGCACAGCCGCAGCCGCAGGUGAACGAACAAGCAGCUCCUCCAAACUUACGGUGGACACUGCUGUGGAGAGACAAUGAUGAGCAUUUCAAUCAUCAACUUGAUCAAGGGGACAAGAUUUACAAUUUCC